GGGGGGGAGUGUUGCUAUGAUACAGUAAACUUCUGGUCUAAUAUGAAAGUGUGGAGAGAUAAUCUCAAUAUAAAUAAAUAAAGAGGCACAGAGUGAGAGAGAGAGAGAGAGAGAGAGAGAGAGAGAGAGAGAGAGAGAGAGAGAGAGAUUCUGGCUCAGAAUACAUGAUGGAGAUUGUGUAUGUAUACACUAAGAAACGCAGUGAGUUUGGUCGCCAGUGUAACUUCUCGGACCGACCAGCUGAGCUGCAUUUGGACAUUCUGCCUGACCCGUCUCUUGCUGCUGACUUUAUAGCCAGAGAUCCGUGUGAUGUUGCCAUACAGUGCACACAGGAAAUGUCUGAGCAUGAGGUGAACACAGAGCGCUUUGAGUCUGAGACACGUGGCAUAAACCAUGUGGAGGGGGGUUGGCCAAAAGAUGUCAAUCCGCAAGAAAUGGAACAGACCAUUCGGUACAGGAAGAAAGUGGAGAAGGAUGAGAACUAUGUGAACACCAUCAUGCAGCUCGGGAGUCAAAUGGAGAACUGUAUCAGACAGAACAAUGCCAUUGAUAUCUACCAGGAGUACUUUGAAGAAGAGGAGGUUGUGGAGGAGAUGGAGGAACAGCCGUCAGCCAAAACCAUCAACGUGUUCAGGGACCCAAAUGAGGUGAAGCGCACUGCCACCAGUCUGUCAUGGCACCCUGAUGGCGGCCGCAAGCUGGCUGUGGCUUAUUCCUCUUUAGAGUUUCAGAAAUUUAGCAAAAACAUGUGUUACGACUCCUAUAUUUGGGACAUUGAGAACCCGAAUAAACCAGAGCUGACCCUGAAACCUGUCUCUCCACUCGUCUGUCUGGAGUAUAACCCUAAAGACUCCCACAUCCUAGUUGGGGGAAGCUACAAUGGGCAAAUUGCAUACUGGGACACACGUAAAGGCAGCCAGCCGGUUGAGAUGUCUGCCAUCGAGCACAGCCACAGAGACCCAGUCUAUAAGGUCAUCUGGCUGCAGUCAAAGACAGGCACAGACUUCUUCUCUGCUUCCACUGAUGGUCAGGUGCUGUGGUGGGACAUUCGGAAGAUGAGUGAGCCAACAGAAAGGCUGGUUCUGGACCCCAGCAAGAAGGGGAAGCUGGAAAACGCAUUGGGUGCCAUAUCACUGGAGUUUGAAACCACCAUGCCAACAAAGUUCAUGGUUGGGACGGAACAGGGGUUAGUGGUCUCAUGCAACCGGAAAGCCAAAACUCCAGCAGAGAAGAUUGUAAGCACAUACAGUGGCCAUCAUGGACCUAUAUACGCUCUGCAGAGAAACCCGUUCUUUCCUAAAAACUUCCUAACUGUGGCUGACUGGACCGCCCGUAUCUGGUCUGAGGACAUUAGAGAAUCCUCCAUCAUGUGGACAAAAUAUCACAUGGUCUAUCUGUCAGAUGGAUGCUGGAGCCCUGUUAGACCUUCAGUCUUCUUCACAGUGAAAAUGGAUGGUACUUUAGAUGUAUGGGACUUCCUGUUCAAGCAGAAUGACCCAACGCUCACUCUUAAAGUGUGUGAUGAGGCUCUCUUCAGCAUGCGGGUGCAAGAUAAUGGCCGUUUUCUGGCAUGUGGCUCACAGCUGGGCACUGCCACACUGCUCGAGAUCACAUCAGGCCUGUGCACACUGCAGAAAAAUGAGAAAGCGCUGACCACAGCGAUGUUUGAACGGGAGACGAAGCGAGAGAAGAUUCUGGAGGCUCGACACAGAGAGAUGCGUCUGAAAGAACGCAGUCGCUCAGAGCAGAGCAAGCAUGAAGAAAGCAAAGACGGGGAGGGAGAGGAGAGUGCAGAGGACCUGGUGAUCCGUGCAGAGAAUGAGUUCUAUGAGAUGGUGGAGGCAGAAAUGAAGAAAAGGGGAAAAGAGGAUAAAUCUGAGAAGGAUAAAAACAAGGAAAUCACUGAAGAUGAUAUAUGAGAAGAAAAGGCAUCACAAUUUCACUUCAUUUCCUUCAAAACACGGUCAUAAUAAUGAAGACAGAAGAACUGUAUGACCAGCAGUAAUCUCACGCCCCAUCUCUUACUUCAGUCAAUGCUGUAAUCACACGCCUCACACAGUGAUUUAUUUUUUUAAGCAAAAGCAUAUUUAAGAGAAUGUAUAUUAAACAUUAUGAUUUUGUGUUACAUUGUGAGAGGAUGCAUUCAUUCAUUCCACAAGGUGAGUUUGUCAUUCUGCAUAAAAUCAUUUCAUGUCAAUGUUUGAAUUGAUUGAGGUGAAUUUGGAAACAUAUUUUACUCAUAGUAGGACUGUGGAUUAAUUCAGUAUACCUUCAUUAGCUUUUCCUAGCAUUUGUUUACACUUUACUUUCUUUGUAAUUUUACUUUUUAAUUUCGCAUCUAGUGGUUUGAUAAAUAACUAUAUAGGUUAUUGAAUAUCUGGCUCCAAACACAUGUCCGAAUAAUGAAAAUGAAAUCUUUAUUUACAAAACAUCCUCUGUAUGAUUGACUUAUGAUUGACUAGGAUUUCUUAGUAAACACAGCUGUUUCUCCCACUCAUGAUGAACUCGUGUUAGCACAUUUGGUGUUAUGCGUGUAAUUGUGCGUUUAUCGCAAUCUUGCGAAAGCUUUCAAGGCAUUCUUAAAGGUUAUUGUCAAAAUAUGUAUAAUACGAACUUAGUAUGAACUGAGCAAAGUUUGGAAGACAUUUUGCAAAAAUAAAGUGUUCAUUUCACUAA